UACACCAACACAAGAUCCCCCCCCAGUUCCAUUCCAUAUUCCAAAAAAAAAAGAACAAUCGAAUCAUCGAAUGAUGCAAUCUGCAAGCUUAAAGCUGUUUGCAGAAUUCAACAACCUCGAAUCACGCCAUACGACGCCGUACCGGCUUAGUUUCAGCGGCAGAAAUUUUCCAGUUAGGUUAAACUAUGUAAACCAGUGGAAGAGAAACUGUAACCUAACCGCGCGUGCUUCAGAGAGCGAUGCCGGUGGGGGUGGAGCAGAGAGUGAGCAGAAUACGACGUCGUUUUAUGAGCGGAAUCAAAUGUAUGCGUUGAUGAAACAGCAAAUGGAACUUGCUGCCUUAUCUGAGAAUUAUGAAGAAGCUGCUAGGCUUCGUGAUUCUUUGAAACUAUUUGAAGAGGAAGAACCUGUUUUACGACUUCAAGGUUUGAUGAAGGAAGCCAUUGCAAACGAGAGGUUUGAGGAUGCAGCACGAUACCAUAAGCAGAUAAAAGAAAUUGCUCCUCACUAUCUACUCAAAUGUUCAAGUGAUGCAACAACCUUGGGGAUCAGGGUUCAAGCUAAGAGUGUGUACAUCGAAGGGCGCAGUCAACCAUUGAGAGGUCAAUAUUUCUUUGCUUACCGAAUAAGAAUUACCAACAAUUCAAACCGCCCUGUUCAACUUCUCAAGAGGCACUGGAUAGUUACCAAUGCUAACGAGAAAUCUGAGGAUGUUUGGGGUAUUGGAGUUCUCGGUGAACAACCAGUUCUACUUCCGAAUGAUAGUUUUGAAUAUUCAUCAGCAUGCCCGUUAACCACUCCUAGUGGAAGAAUGGAGGGUGAGUACGAAAUGAAGCAUAUUGAUAAAGUGGGAUCGAAGACAUUCAAUGUGACUAUUGCACCCUUCGCUCUUUCAUCGUUAGGGGAUGUGACCGAUAACAUUUGAGGUAUACGAUCUACACGAUGAUGCUUUACUUAAUCAAUCGUAGAUAGCAAAUAUCUGAGUCGCAAAUCUAGUUUUGUUUUUGGUGACAGUGGUUCACUUUCGGUUUAUGAAGUUUCAAAACCAAACCUACAUAUGCAUAUGCGUGUGUUUGGGUAUAUACAAACGCGUAUGUAUAGAUGUGUAUGUAUUUUCUUCAAAUACAAAAUUUAUGACCCGUCAAUUAAUCAUACCAUAACAGACUAAAGAGCCCCGUUGAGGACUUUGGUUUUGUAUCCUGACGCAGAUUGUUUGGACCCAUUGAGACCUCGCUCCUGCCUUGGUUUUAAAAAGCGCGAGGCACACAGAGGCGAUGCGAUCCUCGGAGCCAAGGUGAGAGGUGAAGGCACAUGCAUCAUGUACGAGUGGCACCAUGUAUUUUUGUAAUAUUUAUUUUAAUAUCUAUGAUAGGUUUCUGUCAUCAGAUAUCCAGAAUUUAUAUAUGAAUAACUUCUGCAUACGAUUUAGCUAUAUAAGUAACAUCUAUUUACAAUCUCUUGAUGCA